UGUUGCUCCUCGAUACUGCUAUAAUGGCUCCUUGCAAGCUCCCCACUAACGCCUGAUGCUAAAGCAACUCCCUGCAUGGUGGAUGAAGAAGAACCCAAGAGAUCUGCUCCUCGAAACAAUCGCAGAGGCACGCUGCUUCGAGGAGUGGGAGGCCGCGGCCUAUCAUUUGGACGAGCUCCAAGGCUACGAUCUCUGGCGCCAGAAUGCUACGAGCAAGUACUACAACUACCGCCUCAUCCACCAGCGCCUCACGGGUAUCAUCGAGGCUCACGACGAUGAUGACAUGCUGGGCCUGAUCGGCCUGCUGCGCAGCGGUCUCGUUCGCAACCUCGGAAACAUCACUGCACCACGCCUGUUCGACCGUGCUUACGGCGGAACGAAGCUCCUAAUUGAGGACUAUGUCACGCAAGUCUCGUAUGCGAUCGAAUAUCUCACGCAGUACCCGACUGCGGCAAGCUCGGAUACCGGGUUGACGAACCAAGCGAAGUUGGAUGUGUUGCACGAUACAAGGCAGGCAUUUGGGAGAUCAGUGCUGGUGUUGCAAGGCGGACAGAUCUUCGGUAUUUGUCACCUGGGUGUUGUCAAGGCACUCCAUUUGCGUGGCCUGCUUCCUCGCAUCAUUGCUGGGACUGCUACCGGUGCUAUCAUCGCAGCAUUGGUUGGAGUACAUACAGAAGAUGAGCUGCUAGACUUCCUGAACGGGAAGAACAUCGACCUGAGUGCUUUCACGAAGCACCCACGGAAGAAGGGUUCGAAAGGCAGUGGCUGGCUAGAGACACUCACGCGCCGCAUCAGACGUUGGUGGCAGGAGGGACACUUCCUUGAUGUUGGCGUGCUGGAGCAGCUGCUGAGGGCGAACGUCGGGGACCUGACCUUUCAAGAGGCAUACACCAGGACGAAGAGGGUGCUGAACAUCACCGUAACCACCAGUGGAGGUGGAGGCGUGCCAAACCUGCUGAACUACCUCACAGCACCAAACGUACUCAUCUGGUCCGCCGCCCUCGCCUCCAACGCAACCGCUUCUUCCACCCUCUACAACCCGGUCGUGCUCAUGUGCAAAGACGACUCCGGCACCAUCGCCCCCUGGUCCCCCGCCCACGAAACCACUUUCCGGCCGUGGACGCAUGCCUCGUACACCGACCGACAAUCACCUCUCCACCGCAUUGCUGAGCUCUUCAACGUCAACCACUUCAUCGUCUCGCAAGCGCGGCCGUACCUCGCGCCCUUCCUGCGGUCGGACCUGCACCACCCGAACCCGCGGCAAGACGGGCGCUGGAAGCUGUCCAUGCCUCUCUUACGGCUCGUGGUGCUGGAAGUCCAGCACCGCUUACACCAACUCGACGACCUGGGCUAUCUCUCACCCUCCAUACGCCGAUUUUUGCUCGACGAGAAUAUCCCCGGUGCUUCCUUGACGCUAGUUCCUGAACUCUCGCCGGGAGACUUUUUUAAACUGCUGGAGAACCCGACGAAGGAGGCGAUUGACUAUUGGGUUCUGAAGGGCGAGAGGAGUGUUUGGCCUGCUGUUACGGCGCUGAAGAUUAGAUGUGCGAUUGAAGUUGAGUUGGAUCGGGGGUAUCAGCUUGUUAGGAGGCGGAAGCCGUUUGAGAGCGUGAGGAGUCGCGGGUUGAGGAAGAGUGGGAGUCGCGGGGAGGUGAGAGAGCGUGGGAGUCAGGAGUUUGGGGCGGGGAGGAUGCAGAGAAGGGCUAGGGCGGAGAGCUUUGGGGGGUAG